CAUUUUGUAUUUUGUGAAGGUGGGCUUUUUAUAAAAGGAAGCCCUUUAUAAAAUAUGUGUGAAGUUUUUUUAUUUUGGUAAACAAUAUCUGUGAAGUGUAAACCAAUAUUUUUGGGUGAGGACAGCACACGCAAUGCUGGUAUCAUGUAAUGCCAUUCAUGUAUAUAAGUCCAGAUGCUGUACCAAUUCUUCCAAAAACGCAAGAGAGAAAGACCAACACGUCACAUAAUUGAUCUUUAAAAGUGAACAGAAGAAGAUUCUAGUACAUUGGAAUGGUUGGUGACCGUUCACACUCCAACUGUUUGAUAAAAUUACCAACUGAAGCCAUAAGAAUCUCAGGUCAAAGGCCAUUUGGUAGAAGAUAUGAAGAAUUGAAAACCACAUUUGCUUGGGGCGGGCGCCAAGUUCGAACCCACGACACGCUGACAGAUAUUUCUGUACUGUUUGAGUUUGAGAUGUUUUGAACAAGAUUGUUAUCUUCCCCAACCUUUCCAAGCAUCUGAAGUUGUUACAAGUACAUACGUAUAAAGCCAGUGUUAUUGCAAGCCAACAUAACCCACGAAGGCCAUAAACAAUCGGUUUCGGUUUAACCAUUUUCUGAUCAAAACCAAAACCAAAACCAACGUCGUUGUUCCUCCUUUGAUCAAGAACAUGUCUACAGGGCAUAAAACAUCUGGUAUUAGCAUACCCAGAUUGGUGGCAAAGAGGUUUCUAGCUCAGCCUCAAAAUGAAGGAGAAGGAGCUUUUAUUAGAAGAAGCAUUGGAAGUAUGGAAUUGAGGCGUUUUGAUCCUUUUCUACUGUUGGAUGAUUUCUCUAUUACUCCUCCUGCUGGAUUUCCUGACCAUCCACAUAGAGGUUCUGAGACUGUUACAUACAUGUUGGAGGGAGCAGUCACUCAUCAAGAUUUUGCAGGUCAUGAAGGCACAAUAAGAACUGGUGAUGUACAGUGGAUGACUGCUGGUCGAGGGGUAGUUCACUCAGAAAUGCCUGCAGGGGAAGGUCCCAAUAGGGGCUUGCAGCUUUGGAUCAACUUAUCGUCGAAGGACAAAAUGAUUGAGCCUAGAUACCAGGAAUUGCUUGGGCAGGAGAUCAGUAGGGCAGAGAAAGAUGGGGUCGAUGUCAGAGUUAUAGCAGGAGAAUCCAUUGGCAUCAAGUCUCCGGUAUUCACUAGGACACCAGCAAUGUUCCUUGAUGUCAUCAUGAAACCAGGAGCUGAAUUGCACCAAAGCAUCCCAGAGUCUUGGAACUCAUUUGUGUAUGUCCUUGAAGGGGAGGGUUUCUUUGGGUCCUUGAAGUCUUCACCAGACACAGCUCACCAUCUCUUGCUCUUAGGUCUAGGGGAUGGGCUCAGUGUGUGGAACAAGUCCGCCGAGCCACUAAGAUUCAUCCUGAUCGGUGGGCAGCCCCUGAAUGAACCUGUUGUUCAGCAUGGGUUCUUUGUGAUGAACUCACAAGCUGAGAUCCAGAAGACUUUUGAGGAUUAUCGUUUUCAUCGGAAUGGUUUUGAAAAGGCUAGGUAUUGGAGAUCUCAACCUCAAAGUUCAAAAAAUUGAAAUAUGUCAAUCAGGUUCAAAUCUGAGGCAAGCAUGUCCACCUGAAAUACAAGGUUAGAAUCUCUAUCUCUGACCAGCGGAAAUUAAGAUGGGAGGCUGGGAGCAGUGAAGGGAGAACUCAGAUUACUCAUGUGACAGAAAAUGAUUCUAAGCCUUCAUGAUCCGAAUGGAAAAAUCAAAAAUAGUUCGUGUUGAGACUGCUCUUUUAUCUGUAACUAGAUUUCAUUCUUGGGUUUUCCUAUUCUUUCUAUUAUUGCAGGGUCCUGCUUUGAGGCAAAUUGCAAGGGAUCCAUUUUCACUUGAUGAUUAAUUGUUUAUAUCUUUAGUGUGUACAAAUGUUUAUUUUUGGGAGAUUCUUUUUUCCUCA